AUGACGGCAUUGGACGGUAUCCAUACUGAACUCAAAGCAAUUAAGGAGCAGCAAUUGCUUUUUUCGAACUCUGUCACGUUUUGCUCUGACAAGGUAUCUGAUUUUGAAGUUAAACUGAAUCGGAUUGACGAAUGGAUGCGAGCAACAGGUAAAGUUCUCGGACAAAAUGCAGAUCUUAAGGCUAAUGUCACUUCCCUUGAAUCUAGAAUAAAUGAUGUUGAACAAUCUGCACGUUCAAAGAAUAUAGAAAUUCAGGGAAUACCAGAAAAGUCCAAUGAGAAUUUAAUAGAAGUUGUAAAGAAAAUUGGCGAUUACAUUAGCAUCGAUUUAAAGUCUGAUAAAAUUGAACAUGUACAUCGUAUCAAACCCAAACAUUCCGACCCAACCAAAACUAAGAGUAUUAUAGUGGAGUUCCGUAGGAGAAAAGUAAAGGAGGAUUUUCUGGCACUAUCGAAACACAGACGAAUGAGCAGGGAUAAUGGUUCUUCAAAAAUGAGUAUACCUGGUCUGUCUGAUUGUUUCUUCGUCAAUGAGCAUCUAACCUUAGCGAAUAAAAUUCUGUAUAAAGAAGCAAGAUCUGCAGCUAAGUCCAAAAUCUUUAAAUAUGUUUGGACCAAGAAUGGAAUGAUCUUCAUGCUUAAGGAUGACUCAUCCCCUAUUGUUCAUGUAAAAUCCUUUGAUUUCCUUAGUAAGCUUUAA